GCGCGAGAGAGAGAGAGAGGAGGGGGGGGAAAUGGGUGGACGGAAAGUCCCCUUGUGGAAAUCCCCUUAUGGUUGUUCGCUUAAAAAAGAAAAACUCUCGGUGGCGGACAUGCGAGCUGCUUUAAACCGCGUCGCAACCUGCGAGAGCUCCGGGCUCGAGCUGGUACCGAGGGGACGAGCGGGCUGAAUGGCGCCGUGGACCGCAGAGUGAAGUGGAGGACUAGCCCGAGCAUCCGGCAGGGCUUUGUUAUUAUUACCCCGACAUAUUGCACAGUUUCCACGUUGUGCGGCCAUCGGCGGUUGGCGCCACCACCUCCUCCUCCUCCUUGUUCCUUGUUUCCUCUUCGUCCCCCGUCCUUCCAUCCACCGGGCCACCCAUCCGCCAUGUCGCAGGGUCAGAACUUCCUCCCCAAAUUCCUGUUUGUCUCCAACCUGCUGAAGGCGGUGAAGAUCCGUCAGCGAGUGCCCAGCGACGUGGUGAAGCCGGCGGCCAGCGGCGGCCUGAUGCACCACCUGCGGGGCAUGCACAGGUACACUCUGGAGAUGAUCGCCAUGAACCACUUCCCGCAGGCCUUCAGGGAGGUGGUGCAGGCUGCCAUCCUGGACCGGGCCAUGCAGGCCUCCCUGGAGCAGGAGAAGAAGCUCAACUGGUGUCGGGAGGUGAAGAAGAUGGUGCCCUUACGCACCAAUGGAGAUGGGAACUGUUUGCUCCACGCGGCCUCCCAGUACAUGCUGGGCGUUCAGGACACAGACCUUGUUCUUCGGAAAGCCCUCCAUGGCGUUUUGAAAGAGACGGACACUGGUGUCUUUAGAGCUCGCUUCCAGGCAGAGCUGCUCCAGUCCCAGGAGUUCACCCAGACCGGACUCCGAUACACCACCAUGAACUGGGAGGAGGAGUGGGAAAAGAUUGUGAAGAUGGCAUCUCCCAUCUCCAGUAGCAAUGGCCUCCAGUUUGAUUCUCUGGAAGACAUUCACAUCUUCGUCCUGUCCAACAUUCUCCGCAGACCCAUCAUCGUCAUCGCAGACCAGGUGGUCAGAAGUAUGAAAUCUGGCUCCUCCAUCUCUCCUCUGAAUGUGGGUGGGAUUUAUCUGCCGCUGCACUGGCCGCCCACAGAGUGCUACAAAUACCCAAUAGUGCUUGGAUAUGACUCCCAGCACUUUGCACCCCUCAUCACCAUCAAAGACAGUGGUCCAGAGAUCCGAGCUGUGCCGCUGAUCAACCCAGGACGGGGGGACUUCGAGGAGCUGAAGGUUCACUUCCUGAUGGAGAAAGAGCAGCAGCAGAAGGAGAGGCUUCUCAAAGACUACCUGUUCCUGAUAGAGAUCCCUGUCAUAGGCCUGGGCUACGAUGUUCUAAGGAUCGUCAAUGCUGCAAGGCUGGACGAGGGCAAUCUUCCUGAAGACAUGAACCUGAUGGAGGACUACCUGCAGCUCGUCAACCACGAGUACCAGCGCUGGCAGGAGGACAAGGAGCAGGCAUGGGCUGCCCAGCCACAGCGCCCACCCCCCUUUUCCGUCUCCCAGCUCUCCCUCAUCGAAAUCCGCUGUGCCACACCACGAUGCACCUUCUACGUCUCUGUUGACACGCAGCCUCAUUGCCACGAAUGCUUUGAGAAGCAACAUGCCACCCCCGGUGGAGGAGUGAGGAUAGAAGGGGUGAUACAGGCCAAGGGAGCAGGGGUACAAGGUGGGGUUGGUGUGUUGGUGGGAUCGGAGGCCGAGGUGAACUCUAGAGGAGCUCGAAGCAGCAGCCCCCCCUCCUCCUCUUCUGGAAGAGGGGUGGUGAUCUCUAGCCCCCGCUCAGCACCCCCUACCGCCCCCAGCCUCAGCCUGUACAGUGAAACUCAUGCCAUGAAGUGCAAGACCCCCGGCUGCCUCUUCACUCUUAGCGUGGAGCAUGAUGGACUUUGUGAGCGCUGCUUCAACUCCAGGCAGAGCCAAGGAGCCCCUGGAGCUGGAACUGCUGCCACAGGACUCCCAGGCCCCAACGGGGGGCCUACAGUUCCCCACCCAGCCCAGGGCUCCGGCUGGACCCAGUGGGGGGGCUCUGAGACAGAGACAGAGCGCUGCAGCAUGUGUAGACAGGAGGCGUUCAGGAUAUUCAAUGGCCUGUGUCCACCCUGCAUGCAGAGACAGCAGGCUCCAGAGAGGGGAGAGCCUCAGCAGAGCAACCCCAGAACUGAGGCCUCGUCUUCAGCUUGGAGCCAGGCCAGGGACGCUGAGCGGCCGUGCCUCACCAUAACACCAGGACACACCUCAGCCUGGCAGGCCCCUCUCGCACGGCCUUGUAAAAGAUCUGGCUGCCAGUUCUUUGGGACGCAAGAGAAGUUGGGUUUCUGCACUAUUUGCUACGUAGACUAUCAGACCAACCACCACAUGACACCUUCCGUCGCCCCGGCCCAGAGCCGGCAUGGUGUGGAGGCAGGCUUCCAGAAUGCCACCAGGUGUCGUGGGCCUGGGUGUGGUGCGGUUGGCAAGACAAUGCUGGAGGGCUACUGCGACAAGUGCUACGUCAAAGAGCAAAGCACACGGCUCAACCAAGUGGCACAUCGCACACCACACUCGCCUCCUCUAGUCGUGCGUGACCGAGCAGUCAAACCCAGAUCUUCGCAGCAAUCCCAGACCCAGACCCAGACCCAGACCCAGACUCAGUGCCGGCGGAGUGGCUGCAGCAACGUGUCCCCGGGUUGCACAGACCUUUGCCCAGAGUGCCACACACGAGGCCAGGGCAGAGAGGUGGGCAGGCGGGCGCAGGCGCCCAAGGAAAAGUCCAAGCAGCGGUGUCGGACGCAGGGCUGCGACCACUACGCCAACCAAGAGAAACAGGGCUACUGCAACGAGUGCGACCACUUCAAACAGGUCUACCGCGGCUGACCACAUUCCCAUGCACGCAACAACGAUGGCGACACAUUGCUAGCACGCUAGAGCCGCUGCCCUGCUCUGGGCGCCCCAUGCCAGUCAAUGCACCUCUGAUACUAACUAAAUAACCAACUAACUAACUAGCUAGUGACUAACUAGUAACCUUAUGGCCUGAAAAUCAAACCCCCCAUGUAGAAUGUGAAGAGAGAAUGUGUGUACGUGGGGGGGAGUGAGUGUGUGUGUGUGUGUGUGUGUGUGUGUGUGUGUGUUCGCAGUAGACAUGGCCUCCAGAAUACCUCUUUGUGCAAUUAUUAUCAUCUGAUGUGCCCUGUGCACCUACACGUGAGAGGUUUGGCUUCAUGUCAAAGCAACUGACUCAAUUCUUGUGUACAAUAUGUAUUUAGAGGUCGUGCCGGACAAAAUGAUUGUAUGUCGACAUAACAAGAAGCAUCUGACAUUGCUUUCUAGACCACAGCCAAGGAUUUAUACCCCUACGUCUCGUCCGACUGUCCGUCCGUCUUCACCCAUCUGUGUAUCUGUCUGCCUGUCUGUCUAGCAUUUGCUCUGUAGAGUGAGGGCUGCAGUAGUCGGUUGAACCCCAGCAACAAAAUCUGUGGAAGUGGUAAGCAGAAGUGAGCAAAACUGGGCAAAAGCAAAGUCAGUGAAGUUCUAGAUAUGAAACAACAUGUUGUUCACCACUGCUUACUUCUCCAAAAUCAUCCAUUUAUGUCCUUCCACAGUAGUUCUGCCAAAAAAAAAGAAAAAAAAGGCUCUUGCAAUCAAUAUUGUAAAAAAAAAUUCAAGAAUUAUUUUUCUUCCAUUAGUCAAUCAAUAGCAGUGUUGGUUUAUAUUUCGAGUUCAAUUGACCUCAGUAUUGUUACUUCUCUGUUAAGUGAAGUUAUCAUUGUGAGUGGUUUGAUAUGUAAAGUAAGAACAGAUCAUGUGUCCAAACAGUGCAAGACAGACAGGGCCGGCCCCUGCUAGUUCUGGUGCUCCAUGUACAGAAACACAAGCCUCUCUCAUUGUAGCCAACAUGCCGGCGGUGUCAGCGGACAGAAGGCAGAGGACACAGUAGAGACAGGACUCAUUCUCUUUCUAGUCCUGCUUCCCGUCCUUAUUCCCCCCCUCUUCUCGUCCAAAACAGAUCUGUUGCCUUGGACUUUGUUUUCCUGUUUACGGACAACUCGAGCACCUAGUCAAAACACAUGCGCUCACAUACCCACUCACGCAAAUGUUGUGGUUCCACUCCUUUGUAAAUGGGGAUUGCCAACUAUAGGGUGAACUGACAACACAAUGACCAGUGCAGUCUGGAUGAUUAUUCACCUUACCAACACACGCACACAAUUUGCACAUGCAAACACAGCUCUGAGAGAUUGUAUGCGCCCCACCCCUGCCAGAGGUGAUAGGUAAACAAACCCAGAAUCCAUCGCUCUCUGGCUCCGCCCCACUGGAUGGGCCAAGGCGACAAGUUUAAAGCUUCAGAGAGCCAUCCCAUCGCCUGCUUUGGCUAGUCUUGUUUAUCUGAAUGUGUUUUGUGCUGCUGCUACAACAGCACAGUAUUGGGGCUGAUCCUCAACAAGUUUUGCCUUUUUAAGUAGUGAUUCAAAAAUAUAUGGACCAGAGGGGCCUGAUCAGUGAUCCUAGAUCAGUGCCCCCACCUAUUAAAUGCUUUUGUGAAUAUGGAUCUUGGUCCACAUUGUAGGACCCUCUUACCCGAUGCCUCAUCUCCAACACACACACACACACACACACACACACAGUGUACGCAUUUGUGUGUCUGGAAUACGCAAAACUGACAUUCCUGUUUUUUUGUUUUUGUUUUGGGAAAUUUUUAAUUGUAUUUUGAUACAUUUGGUUUUGUUUCUGCCAAAAAAAGACAAAAAAACAACAUGUGCCAUCAAUCACUCAACAGUUGUUGUUACCUCCUUAAAAAUGGCCAGCCUGGACCAUUCUGAACUAAUAAGAGUGCCACAGAUAGACAUCUCCAGUCCUGUGUAACUGCAGAUUAGAGCUUAUCAAGCUUGCUUCUGCUGAAGUCCCCCAUCUUUCCGUGUCUAUUUUAUCUAAAUAUGAAAACAUAUUUACCCACAGAGAUAACCUUUCUGUAAAAAGUUAAUCAAAUGCAAUGUGACGUCAAAGAGUUAUUCCCCUCAUACCUCUGCUGAAGAACUCAGCUGCAAUAGGCAGAUGUCCAUCUGUGGCUCUAGUUAGAUAAGCGUAGACAAACAGGCUCUCGGUCUGCCUUUCCAUUCAACUGUAUCUAGAGCUGUCGAGCCGGCCCGCGUGUUGACAGCCUGUACGUAGAUCUCUGUGUGCUUUAAUCACCUCUAGACAAACCUUAAUCAAUUAAAGGCCAAUUAGUGGUCGGCUCAUCAGUACCCCUUAAUAAGGUUUUCGGGGCUCUGGCCGAGCUCCACUGGGAGAUGAUCACGUAAGUUGCACAUGACUUGUCUAAGCUGCUGAGGCAUUGAGGGAAUGGUACUCCGACUCGCUUAGGGACAUUCCAACAGUAGGAGGAGCAUCCGCCUGAGAGCAGAAGGUGUAACAAAAACAUGCAAACGGUGUGGAAGUUUCUUUGUGUGACCUUUUCAAUAGGGUAUUGUAUGAAAAAAAACGCCUGAUUUUAUUUGUUAAGUAUUUAUUCAUAUCAAGAUAUCUGUAUUGUGUGAUUCAAUAAUUAUUUAUAUGUUGUCCUGAAAUGAAUUAUUUUUAUUAAGAAAUCUGA